GUCGCCAUCAAGCGCCAGUAUGUUUGUUGACUUCCAUUUACAGCCACAAGCCUAAUUAACAAUCUUAAUACGAAAAGGCACUCUGUAAAAUCACACAGGACUAGAUAUCCCGCUCUGCUGCAGCUGCACGGAAUCAGGUACACUACAAAUCCCAUAUUUCUCGUCAACCUCGCGAUUCGAAGCACGGAGCUCCAAAACAACCGUAUUCCGCUUCAACAUGUGAGGUUUGGAUAUUGAAAAGAUUUUUUUUUUUCUCGAGUUCGAUUUGCUACAGGAGAUCAGCAUAGGAUGGAGCAAAACUCCUGGCAGAGUGACGAGCCGGCUGCAAAGCGCUUUAAAGUUUAUCUUGCUUGCGACAUAUGCAGGAAGCGAAAGACUCGGUGUGAUGGGACUCGUCCAAUAUGCACACCAUGCAAAGCUGCAGACCGUAACUGCAGCUACAGGAAGCCAGCGGACGCGUCCGUAGACUUCAACAUAUUGGAGCGCCUGGCAGAAGCCGAGCGCAGACUGCAGGAACUCGAGAGCAGGACUCAAACUUCGCCCCUGUCGGCGAGGAACAUUCCUACGUGGUCGGGUGACUCUGCCGAACUGUCUCAAUUCCCAGACCUGCACACUGCCGCCAGCUGCAAAAUCUUGCAAUGCUGGCCGCGGCUGGGCGUCAAAUUCACCUUGACAGAAUUCGAACCAUUGCAUUACCCCAAGAUCGGUGACCAGGCCGAGUCUCGGCUCAUGCAGCCUUUUCGGGGCUCGGAAGGGCUCCCAUCAGCAGGUGUGCUAAGAGAUGCCCUUUCCCUGUUCUAUUCUGGUUUGAGCGAUAUAUCCGCUUUGUUUGAACACCUUUGCUUCUCCACGGAUAUCUUCUCUCACGACAAGCUGAGCCGAGAGCUCGAAGCGUUUGAAUCAGGUCUCAACAGCUUAGACCCAAGCUUACUUUCUAUUGAAUGUCUGCUGAUUCUUACGCUUGCAUUCACGCUGAAACCAGAAGGUGAUACUGCUGACUGCUACGGAUUUUCGCAUUUGUUGGCGGCGGAAACGUGUUUUCGCGAAGCCCUUCGACAAUCUUGGAAACUUGCCGCUAAAGCAGAAUACCGACAGACGCCGAUCCUACUUCUUAUAGCAUACAUUCAUGUCUAUGUAUUCUCUCGUCCGUUCCACGCGUUAGGUCUUCUUCGACAUAUCACCCCAUUGCUUGAGCGCCGCAAAGGACAAUUUAUAUCAAAUCAGGUGCAUACCUGGACAGAGCUCCAUUACAUCCUAGAAAGCGACCUUUUGACCGAGAUAGAUGGGAUAUUGACCACGCCGAAAACUUCCCGUCGCGUAUUAACAGCGAAUGGUCAGGGACACGAUCGAGGCUCUGUGGAUUCCUUUGGCCAAUAUCCCUCGCCAAGUGCGGACGAGGGUGCCAGUACACAGAGUCUGAUCCGCCAUCAUCUUUGGCUCCGUGCAUUUCAAAAUCGUGUUUUGACUAAGCUGUAUUCCAUUUCAAGGGCUUACUGUCACCCGAGUGAAAUUGGCAGCGACGUCGCGGAGCUGUCUCGGGAGCUAGAGAUUUGGUAUCGCUCGUUGCCGUUGGACAUGCAAUUCUCAAGAAAUCUUUCCACGUCUCCUUCCUCAAGUCUCAGAAUGAAUGAACUUUCGGAACGAUACUUUGCCUGUAACUUUUUGCUCCAUCGACCAGUGCUUUAUUUUGUCCUUCACGAGGACUUGGAAAAAGCUAGCUCGCCACCAGGGAGCCUGCCCAGCCCUGGAGUUCAGCCGUGGAUGGUAGACGCUAGUCAGACCUGCAUACACAGCAGCCUGAUAUUACUUGCUUCUCGGACCAUCCCUCGAAAACACAACAAUUGGUGUGACAACCAAUUAUUGCUGGCUGCUUAUUUGAUGACCCUUCAAGGGCUGUUGAAUACCAAGGCAACGGAAGUGUUCCCAGAGUGCAGAAACGUCGACGCCCUUCUCGAUAGCGCGGAAGCGGCGAUAGAGUCAUCGCCAUUGAUUGCAGAAGUCGAUAGAAUGACUUUGGCGAUAAUGAGAAAUGUGCGACAUAACGUAAGGCCCACAUCAAACCACCAGGUAGAGAAUCUGGUGGCAUGAAGCAGCAGAAUCUGCCUUCAAGAGGCAUGACUGAGCAAUUCGCACUCGAACUACGGACUGGAAAUUAAAUGGUUGAACAGCUACACGACGAAGGUCCUACGAGGAGCUUAUGCAUUGUAUAAUAUACUGAUGGUUAUAAUCAAACCCAAGCAUCUAGGAAGCAUAUCGCUGCACUUGAAUUCCAUGACUACAUUAUCCUCG